AGGUUGUGGCUGUGUGUGGCAGUGUAGCUAUGUUUGUGAUGCUUGUAUUCUUGUAUAAAACGAUCUGAAAAAGACUCCAUGGUAGCAUUCUGACGGUGCACUUUAUUUGUGUUAAGAUUUAUCAAAAGUUAAGAUAUUAUUUAUCAGCAAAUCUGAUUAAUCAGUUGUACUAGUGUAUUUUUUGUUAGCAGGUAAAAAUGCCGCAGUAUACUGUGAAAGUCAAAUGGGGAAAAGAACUUUUUCCUAAUGUUGAAGUUAAUACAGAUGAAGAGCCAAUGCUGUUCAAAGCACAAUUGUUUGCACUAACUGGAGUUCAACCGGAAAGACAGAAGGUUGUUAUUAAAGGCUCUGCCUUGAAAGAUGAUUGGGACAACAUUAAACUAAAAGAUGGUCUUAUGGUGCUGAUGAUGGGUUCAAAGGAAGAAGAUGUUCCCAAUGAACCAGCAGAAAAGCCAGUAUUUAUAGAAGACAUGAACGAGGCUGAACUGUCAUCUGCUUUAGAUUUGCCAGCUGGUCUAGCUAAUCUAGGCAAUACUUGUUACUUGAAUGCCACUGUUCAGUGCUUAAAAACUGUGCCUGAAUUGCGAGAAGCACUCAAAACCUUUUCUGGUGGUCUCACUUCACCAGAUGCAAGUUUGCAAUUUGUACCCUCUCAAAGCAUUACUGCAGCCUUGCGAGAUCUAUACGAGGGAAUGGAUAGAGGAACUUCUUUACCUCCAGUUGUUUUGGUGCAAAUGAUGCAUUUUGCUUUUCCAAGAUUUGCUGAAAAGUCAAAGAUGGGUGGUUUCCAGCAGCAGGAUGCUAAUGAAUGCUGGACAGAAUUGAUUAGGAUGUUGCAGCAAAAAUUACCGCCUAAGGAAAAUCCAAAUGCACAAGAUACUGCCAGUUAUAAGCCUAGGUCAAUAAUUGAACAAUACUUUGGUGGUACUUUUGACACAGAACUGAAAUGCGUUGAGUGUGAAGAGGAACCACCAACAACGGGAAAAGAAGAUUUUUUACAAUUAAGCUGUUUUAUUUCGACUGAACUUAAGUUUAUGUUUAAUGGUCUUAAGAAUAAGAUGCAAGAACAAAUCACAAAGAAGUCUCCCACACUUGACAGGGACGCGGUUUACACGAAAACAUCAAAAAUCAGUCGAUUACCGGCUUAUCUGACAAUCCAAUUCGUGCGUUUUUUCUAUAAAGAAAAAGAGUCUGUUAACGCAAAAAUUUUGAAAGAUGUCCAAUUCCCAUUGGAAUUUGAUGCAUUUGAACUCUGCUCGAAAGAAUUGCAGGCCAAGUUGACGCCAAUGCGCGAGAAAUUCCAUAAAUAUGAGGAAGCCCAAUUAGAGAAAGCUCGAAAUACAAAAGAAAAGAAGAAAGAUACGAAAGAGGAUGAACAAAAAGACGCAAAAUAUGAACCGUUUAGCUUUUCUGAUGACAUCGGCUCAAGCAACAGUGGUUACUACGCUCUACAGGCAGUUCUAACUCAUCAGGGUCGUACCAGCAGCAGUGGUCAUUACGUCGCAUGGGUUCGCCAUAAAGGUGAUACGUGGUUAAAGUGCGACGAUGAGAAUGUAAGUAUCGUAACGAGUGAAGACGUUCUGAAACUCAGCGGAGGUGGUGACUGGCAUUGCGCUUACGUUUUACUCUACGGACCGAGACUCCUCGAGAUUCAAGAAAAUGAAUCUGAAACACCCAUGGUAACAGAUGAACCAACGGAAACAACGUCUGUUCAGGAUUAGUUUUUGCAAUUUCCGGCACGAAUCAAAUUUACAUCUGACACAUUUUUUUUGUAUUGUACAUGAUGAGGAUUGUAUUGAUGAUAACAGAUUUUUCAACUAUGCCAAUUCUUAAAUUCUUUUAAAUUAGUAACGUCUGCAAAGAAAAGAGCCAAGCUUACUGAAAACGUACUGUUUGGACGAUUUAUAAAAAGUGUAAUUUUUAAAUUAUCUAUUUAAAUUAAUAUCACGUAAUAUAUUUGUGUUUCCUAUCCAAAAAACUAAAUCUUAAUUUGUAUAUAAUCGUUAUUCAUAAAUUCAGCUGUAUGGGGCAUUUAUAAAAUAUAAUGUGUCUUAUAAAAUUAUUAUUAACUUUUAUUUUUUCCAUCAAUAAUCAGGAUCUUUUGCAUGAAAUAACUUGAAUUAUAAUUUUCCAUUGAAUGGUGUGAAUAGAAAAACACAAAAUUUUUAAUAAACUAAUUAAGCUAAUUUACGAGAAAAGUAUUUUACUUAAUACAAAAUUUGAUUUAUUUGGAAGUCGAUAGUUAUAAAUUAUAGAGUAUAAGUUAGAAAAAGUUGAAAAAAUGUGUUGAAAAAAUUGAAAUUAUACAUAAGAUUGCGAAUACAAUAUUUUUACUUAUUGAAUUUUUCAUACGAUCAUUUUGUAAGUGCAAAGGCGAAUAUAAAUUCUUAUUUAAACGAACAUCUGUAAAAAAUAUUAUUCAUAAUAAUGAAUUGGAUUGUACCAUCCACUGCAUUUGUUGUAUUAAUGCGUUCUAAUCACUCCGAUUUAUUACUUGUUUUAUAAUUGAUCUAUUAGAAUAAUUUGCUUUUUUACUUUUAUAUAACAAACCAUUCACAUUUAACUUGAUAAAGUUAUUUACAUCUUUUUCUGUAUACAAGACAACAGAUUUUAGAAAAAUUAAAAUUUUGUUUAAAAAUAUUUUUACGAUAUUACUUUUUCAAUUAUUUCAUUAAGCGAUAAUCGAGAUAUUCAUAGUUAUUCAUUACCGUUUUUGUUAAUUUCAAAAAAGUGAAUAUGCGUUGUAAAACUUGACAAUGCAAUAUGAUGUGUCUAUUAUUUAAAAAUGAGAACUUCAACUGAGAAA